GAAAUAGUAUCCAAUGGAAGUCCCAAUCACAUUGACAAAUAAUCGGGCAUAGAGAAAUUGUAAUGUAAUCUCCAGCAGCAAAUUUUCCUUGAAUUCCCUCCUAAAGUUUCGCCAUUUUUGAUCAUUGAAGCUGUGUCGCCAUGGAUUUCUGGCAGAGAGCUCGGACUUUCGCGGAGGAAGCGGCCAAGAAGUCGCAGGAGCUGACUCAGGGGCUCAGUUCGGCCAACAUCUCCGAUGUCGUGUCGGAGGCGUCGAAGCGGUCCAAGGAGUUGGCCGCUGAGGCCUCGAAGAUGUCUAAGGAAUUCGCUGCCGAGGCCUUGAAGCGCGCCGAUCAGAUCACGGCCCAGAUUCCGCCGCCAGCCUUGGUGCUGACUAAUCUCGUCGACUCCGCCCAGAAGGGCGGCAAUGAGGCUGAUGAUCUGGAAACGUUCGGUGUUACGGAGGAGUUGAGGGAGUUUGUCACAGGGAUUACGACGGAUACUUUCCGGGAUUUCCCGCUUGAAGAUGUCUCAGAGGUGUCUGAUGUUCCUACGGUUUCGAAUGUUCGACAGGAUCUCACAGAAUGGCAAGAAAGGCAUGCCAAGCUUGUCCUCUUGACAGUGAAGGAAAUCUCAAAGCUAAGGUAUCAGCUAUGCCCACGAGUGAUGAAAGAAAGGAAGUUCUGGAGGAUCUAUUUCCUUCUUGUUAAUAGUUAUGUGGCACCAUAUGAAAAACUGUACAUGGAAAAUGUCAAGUCCAAGGCACCUGAAAUGGUAAAAGACUCUGAGGUGAAGGAAAUUUCACCAGCUGUAAGAUCUGAAAGAGCAGAUGAGAUUUCAAAACCAAGAACCAAUAAUGCGAAGUCAGCAGCUUCUGAGCAGGAUUUGGAUGUAUUUCUCCUUGGAGACCUCGAUGAUGCUGAUGAAGAUCCAGAUGAUGGUGAUCUUGGCUUUGAAGAUGAUUUGCUAUAGCUCGUUAUUCCUUUGGUGGUUGCUAUCAGUUUAACCAGUGGCCUCAGCCCAGCAUGAAAAGAGAAUAACAAGAGAUGAAUUGAUGCAUGCUGAACUGAGAUUGGAGGUAAAGUUUCCUUUAGGAUGGAUAUUGAUUUGAUGCGAGGUCAGAACUCGUCUGCUGCAAAAUUAUUAGAAAUAGUAAAUCCUAUAAUCUCUUGUUUCUAUUAAAUUCAUUCAGUUGUUUUUAUUUCUAUAUUUUCUCUCAUUGUCUUCCCUUAAUGACCUUUUCUUCGUCUAAGGGGUGUUUGGAGCAUGACUGCGGUUAGCUUGGGGUUUUAAUGUAAAAUAUUCUUGUUUCAGAUUCUUUCAUUUUCCUUCUAUAUCAAAUUAUGAACAAUCACUUACUGAAUGUUAAAACGUUAUAGUUUCUAUGUUCUGCUGUUAUAUGGGCACAUUU